GGCCGGGCCGGGCCGCUGCGGGCGCCGCCCUCAGCGCGGAGGCGUCGCCGCCGGCGGGCCCGGGCGCCAUGGCGGAGGGCGGUCGGCUGGAGGCCGCCGUGCGCGGGCGGCUGCGCGGCCUGCGGGAGCGGUGGGCGCGGGGCGCCCGCGAGCGCGGCGGCGCGGAGGCGGCGGCCGGCCCCGGCCCCGGCGGCGGGGAGGCCGCGGAGGAAGCGAGCGCCCUGCAGGCGCUGCCGAUCGACGUGCAGCUGCGCAUCAUGUCCUUCCUGUCGCCGCAAGACCUCUGCCGCCUGGGCAGCACCGGCUCCUACUGGCGGGCGGCCGUGCGGGACCCGCUGCUGUGGAGGUGCUUUCUGCUGAGGGACCUCCCCUCCUGGGCCUCGGUGGACUGGAGGUCGCUCCCCAGCGUGGAGGUCUUCCAUCAAGUCUUUUCGGAAGCCGGCGGUAAUGCGCUGUACGACUACAUGGCCGUAUAUAAAAAAAGCUGUCCUCAGAGUAGAAGAAGUCUGAAAUCAAGCCGUCUCCGGUAUGGGGCUGUGACAUCCUUUUUGCAAUCACUGGUCACUCAGGCAGAACCUCGCUUUGCUAUGUUUGGGCCGGGGUUGGAAGAGCUGGACGACUCUUUAGUGCAAAAGAUGAUGACUUGCCCAGAAAUUCUACUAGUGGCUGGCCUACCUCAAAGACGAAUUCAUGGGAUUGGAUCAGGAGUCAGUUUUCAGUUCAAUAACAAUCAAAAAUUCAAUAUUUUGACAUUGUAUUCAACUACGAGUGUGGAAAGGAGGAGAGCAAGGGCAGAGCAAGCUGUUGUUGUGAAUAAGAUGUUCUACCAAGACAACAGUACAGUGGGGAAUCAGCAAGCUGUGCACUACAAUGUAAUAGCUCAAGUUAAAAAGGUGUGCGAAGUAGUUGAUGGAUUCAUCUAUGUUGCUAAUGCAGAAGCUCAUAAAAAGCACGAUCGUGAAGAGGAACUGGCCCAUAUUUUGGCAAUGAUUGAUCCAGCUCUUGGGCCUCGAAACAGACCUCUGCUGGUUUUAUCUUGUAUCUCUCAUGUUGAUGUGAAAAGAAUUCCUUGUGUUUACAUGGCACAUCAGUUGCAACUGAAUCUGUUACAUCAGCCCUGGAUGGUGCAGGACACUGUAGCUGCUACUUUAGAUGGACUGCUAAGUGGACUUGAGUGGCUCUUGGAAGAAGCAGAUUGUAAAAAUGCACAGUAAUUAGACUUGCUUCAUUUUACUGUAUAGAGACUUUAGUGUGUUGCAGCUCAAAUGAAGUGUGAAUCUUGUCCUGACACAGCAUUGUCAGAUAAGAGAUUUAGAAGACAUGCAUAUAUUUGAUUGUACAUACUUUUAUAAUUAACAUUCUUCCAGCUGUAGACCUGAAUUAGAACUACAAGCAGGAUUGCCUGGAUUCCAGCAGCUGAUGAAGAAGUGAUUUUUUUGGAAGCUGUUGGGUUUUGUUCUCUUUUAAUUUGAGGCAUUUACGAUGCAAUCUUUUCUCUGUGCUUCUUAUAACCUAAUCUCUUUUUGUAAAUAAAACUAGCGCUAGGUUAAUUUAUCAGCACAGCCCUAUGGCAUACAUCACAUCACAUUUACAAAAUAUAUUCAGUGGAGAUCUUGACAUUGACAAUUCCCAACCAAAGAAAAUACACUGUAUCCUGUACUGUGCUUUCAGCUCAUCAUCCUUUGUAGUAGGUUGAUAUUUCAAAACAAUAAAUUCCUCUGUAUUUUUUCAGGAGCAAUGCCUAGACAAAAAAUAGUGCUUGAAGGAGAAUUGUCAGCCCAGAACAAAAUUCUCAGAAACCAACAAAAUGCCCCAUAUGAAUGACUUGUUUCUUGUUUGUGAUCUUAUUUAUUAAUGAACCACAAAAGGCUUCAGCAUCUUCUACUUUCUGCUUCAGUGAAGUUAUUCACUUGAACUGGACACCUUUCUACUAUCACAAACAAAUGUUAGAUUCAUUAGGACUUUACAACAUCUAUCAAAUGCAUAGAUCCCAAGGAUCUACUAGUCACUCGAAUAGUUGUGGCAUUUGCAGAUGUGAAGUGUGCCUGUCUUGAAAUUUUCUGCAUAGAAGUAUUUUUAUAAAAAGACAACAUUUUAGAGCUGGAAUUAUAUUUUCCAUAUUGAUGCCUUUUAGGAUAGUUCUGCUUCUAGUCUUCCACCUUUUUAUUGUUUUUUCAGUUAUUAGAUGAAUGCCCACAAGCUUCCCUUGACUUUUUUGUCUAGGCAUGUGUUUGUUUUCUUUUCCUGUAUCUCUUGCUCUCUGCCUUCUGCUCCAUUUCUAUGCAUGGAAAUGCAAUAGUCUCACAAACAGUUGUUUCUUGGUAUCUAGAUAAAUGGAUACAUGGUGUACAUUCAGCUGUUGUGUAUGACUGUACAGUGUAGCAGUAACUGCCCUCAAUUUGAUAAGUGUGUUUAAUGCAUAACACAACUAUUUUAGAAACAUUCCAUUUGGGAAGUCUCUUUUUUUAACAAACUAGGAGACCAGAGAUAGAAGUAUCUUUGCAUUUUUUUUCUUCUUUAUCCACAAUUAACUCAAUUUUCGAGACUUUUUUUUCUGACUUGUUAUCAGGACAUGUGGGGGUGUUUCAAGGGAAAAUCCAUGGGAAACUGUACUAUGCUAAUUCUGUUUUUUAUCGGUUUUUAAUAAGUUAUGUGUACUUUCCCUUUAAAACAGUGGGGACACAAAAUGUUCAUCAAUAUUUGGGGUAAAUUUCCAAAUUUUCUAGGUAGAUGUAUGCAACUUUCCUGCUAGUCAUAAUAAUUCUGUAAUGAUCCAUCCACAUUUUAGAGGGGCGAAUGUUGCGAUCUGAUGCUAUGUUAGCUACCAUGAAUGUGUUUGUUUAUGCAAGAUCUUCACUGUAACAUUUUUCUGCUUUCUUCCUAAAGAAUAAAUUAUUUUUUGAAGAGA